UUGAUGUUCUACCUUGGACAAAAAUUAUUAUCUGGUUUAUAUGUCAAGUUUAGGAUGGGUUUCUGGCAUCCUGCUUCAGUCUGAACAAAGCCUCAGCUCCCUGAGUGCUCCCAGUAAAUGAAACAGAUGAGUUAUCAGACCCUGGGCCACAACAAACUGCUGGCCAGCAUCCAGCACUGCAAUAGCAAUCCAGGGGGAUGGCGACACCCUUAACCCCCAAUCUCUUCCAUUUCCUAGCACAGGAGUCUGGGAAGUGAUAGCAGGGACCAGCCACAGCUGCCAGAGUCCAUCAGCUGCCCCAAACAGCAAGGCUGAACCACUGCAUUUUACCAACAUUUCUGCAAGAUGUAACUUUCCUGUCCCUUAAAAGAAAAAAUUGCUAAUAAUGGUUUCCCCUUCAGGCUUGUAAGGAAAAAAAAAACAACAAAAAACCAAACCAAACCAAAACAAAAAACCCCCCAAACAAAUAAACAAACCAAACAAACCCCCCCCCCCAAAAAAACCCAAAACAAAUAAACAAACAAACAAACAAAAACAAACAGCAAAGAACACAAGGAAAAGCCUACAAAGUAAUUCAGAAUCUUGCUCUUAGCUUUUAUGAGUGAGUGAGUGAGUGAGUAGCCACCGGAUGAAGCAUUUUUAGCCCUCCUAUGCAUGGAAGGCAGGGCCUGGCAUUAGACAGUAUUUUGCUGUUUGGUGGCAUUUCAGCAGGCCUGAAACCUGAGUUCUUACCAGAGGUUUGAGCUCCAGGGGGCUGAAGGACACAUACUGGGGAGCUGUGGGCUGGGUGCUGCUUUCAGGUGCUGGAGGCAUCUCUGAUUUUGUUUCCUUGGCACAGCAAGUGUUUCCAGGGGUGAGCGCUGCCCAGCAGCCUCCAGAGAACUCCACAAGCCCUGAAGCAGCAUCAGGCUCUUGGGAAGCACAGGCUUUUCCAGUGUGUGGGCACAGAUACUCAGCUGGUCCCUGGUGCUGCUGAUGCCUUAGAACUUUGGCUUUUGUGUUUUUCAUGUAUUUGUAAUCCUGCAGUUCUUUAGUGUAUAACUCUAAACUCCACACACAGUGUGAGCUGCUGCUUUCCCAUUUGGGGCAGACACAACAAUUCCUCUCCAGGCCUGGCAAUCAAGGACACCUCACUGCCUCAGGCCCCAGAGAUGGAAACAAAAGUGAGUUGGGGGGGCAAACUUGGGGUACAUGGCUUCAUUACCUGAAGCUGUACUUAGAAGAUUAACCCCCAAUAUGCAAAUGAACCAAACUUAUAAAAGUACGGAAACCCGUGACCCAUCAUCCAUUUUUGGGUAUAGAUCCUGGGGGGCUUCAUCUGCCCUAAAUGUACCUGAAGGCCCUUCAAUACAUAUAACUGCUUUUUAUUCCCUUACCUUUGUCUGACCUCUGGUUUUAGGUAGCCCCAAAAGGCGUCACUGCAGGAGUGUGGGGAGGGUUGCAGCACAGGAGCCCUGACAGCAUUUUGUGCCACAGGCAGAAUUCUGUGCAGUGCUGGGGAAGGGGAAAGGGGAAAUAGCCCCAACAGCCAGGUCUGGUCAUUGUGUGGGAUUGCUGCACUUAGCCUCAAACUGUCAUUUGACAUGCUAAAAAUAAGACUGAUAUGUUUUGCUCUCAACUCCACAGUUCUCUUUUGGUCAAGAUCUGCUGUUGCACCAUCCCUUCUGGCCGUGAGAAAGGCAGGAAAGAAACCCCGUGGGGCAGAGGCACUGCAGGGCAGCCCAGAGCCCUGUGUCCCUCUCUGUGUGUGGAGAUGGUACCAGCACCCCUCCUAUCCUACCAGAGGCUCUGUCCCACCCUGCCAUUCCUGCAGCUGCAGCCAGCAGGACACAGGGAUGCAGGGGAGAUGGAGAUUUUCCCUGGCAGGGAAGGGAGGCAGGAGCCCAUCAAUCUGUCUGACAGCAGGCCACACCAGUGGUUCUUUACCUUGCAGGAAUAUUUUGUCCCACUGGCUACUUUCAUGAAGAAAAUCACUUUUCCAGGCACAAUGUGGUGGAUGCUGGUGUCAGUGCAAGGUUCUUUGGGGCUCACUGCAGGCACCAGCGCAGGCUGUACAGGCACCAGUGCUCUGCAGUGCUGCUGGGCCCUGGAAUACCCUGCCCCGGAGCUGCCAGCAGGGACACAGCACAAGUGUCACCUCCACUGCGCCACACGGGGACAGCACUCACAGGACUGAGACAAGCUGGGAGCUGCAGAUGAGGGGAAAUACCAGGUCAGCGUCAAUGGUCCAUGGCAGGGGUGAUAAAACCUGUGACUGCGCGGAAGGAGGGGACCAUGAACAGCUGCAGAUGAGGGUGGCUGAUGUGGAGGCGAGGUGGAGAGAAGGAUGGGGAUCCUCAUGCUGCAGUGGCCAGGAAUCAGGCACAGACCCAAGAGCCUCAGCAGGAGCCAUGUAAGUUCUCCACAGACAGCACUUUAUCCUAGCUUUGCCUACUGGUAGCUUGUGUUGAGUUUGCUUUGACACAUGCUGGUGAACCUGCUGCUCACAGCCAGGUGCUUUGUGCCUAGUGACAUGGCUUCUCCCCCUCUUGAGACCUCCCUGGGCUGAUGAGACCCUCAUCUAGCAACCACAGCACCAAGCUGUGGAUGGGAAGCAUCAGAUUGGAGAGGUUCUAUGAGCUGAGCUCCUCCAGGCAUGACUUUGACUUCUCAUGGUUUAUACCACUAUUGAUUGCCUGGACACAGCCAAGAGGAGGCUGGGAACAACACUUGAGGAUGAUGCAAGAUUUUCUGUACAGUGAUGAAACCAUGACAACCCAGAAGCUGGAUGACUUUGAAGACUAAAGUACCAACAAGGACCAUGACAUAAAGAUAUUGUUGGCUGGGGAUCAGUGAGCUGGGCACCCUAAUAUGUCAGUAAACUACUUGUAAGCAUCCACCAAGGAGCAGCCCCGAGAAAGGAUAAAGCAGUCCCUGGAAAUUUAGAAGUUUGUAAAAUAUUGUAAUUGUACACUGGCAUGAAUAUUUUCAAGGGCUGUUUUGUGAUGUGCAGACAGACAAUGCAGAAAUACUCCAAAAGCUGCCCUAAGGUGACCUUAGAGCAAAGUGGAAAGGGGAAAUACAUUUGGCCAAGACAGCAAUUCAAGGUGCUAAUAUCAGCACCUUUAAGCUCAUUGAUCAACUUGUCUGAGCUUUUCUGGUAAACAGGCUGUCAUGGGGAGCCCAAGAGCAGCCCUGGGGCGCAGGCACCUGCAACCACUGAGCCGUCACAGAGCCAGCAGGUCACAGGGUCACGGCGCCACGUUUUCUCGGAAUUGCUGGCUGAGAAGAGCUAUGGAAGACAAGAGAACUACUAUGAUUCAGAGUGAAACGCUUUAUAAUAAUCACAAAACUUCCUGCAAACCACUGCUCUCACCUCUCCAACAGCUGCAGGACUGUUGGGGCUGUUCUGUCCCAGGCCUCAGGCAGUGUGACAACAGAAACCACUCCUACUCCAAUCCCAGCAGGGGUGGCACUCUGGAAGGCAGAGAGAAGACCUCAGGACAUUCCAGGGCAAUGGGUCCCCUCAAGCACAGUCUGUUGGGCGAGGAGGAUCAACAAGCAUUGCUCAGUGAGACAUCAGGCAGUGGAAGGUAAAGCAAAGGAAAAAGCCAAAGCUAUUCCACCUCCAGAGGAACUGCUGCAGGGAUGCAGGGCAGACAAGCCUUUCACCUCCCUGCAGGACUACUGCAGGCUCCUCAGUCAGCAGGAGGUGGUACAAGCCACACCAAUGGUGAUGACAGAGGAAGCUCUGCCCUUUGUUCAGCAAGAGUGCGGGUGCUUUCUCGGCCAGUGUUGCUGCCUCUCACAGCCACCAGAAAUUGUGAUCAGAGGACACCUCACUGGUCAUGUGCAAGGAGCACUGCUCGUCGUGCCUGCACAGCACUCCACAUCUGGGCUGGAGGAACUCACUCUCUCCAAGGACAGCAAGAGAACAGGAACUGUACACUUUGAUACUCCCAAAAUGAACAACAGCAGCUGCAAUAUCACAGCCUAUGAAAUAUUUUCAGUUUUCCAGCUGUGUGUUUACAUCCCAGUUUUGGUUUUGGGCAUCGUGCUGAAUAUGUUGGCACUGUGCGUGUUCUGUUGCAAACUUGGCAAAUGGACAGAAACCAGAGUAUACAUGGUGAACCUGGCUGUGGCUGACUGUUUGCUGCUCUUCACCUUGCCGUUCAAAACUCUGUCCCAGUUCCAGCACCUGAAGGUGGACGGGUGGUGCCUGGUUCUGGAAGGUGGCUAUUUCACAAACCGCUUUAUGAGCAUCGGUAUCAUCACCCUCAUUGCUGCUGACAGGUACCUUGCAAUCAAGUACCCUUUGAGAUCCAAGGCACUCAGGUCACCGCUGAAGGCAGCUUUUGCCUCUGGAUUCCUCUGGAUAUUCAUCAUCUGUGAAACUUCCCUCAUUAAAAGCUUUGAGGACCGAAGAGAGAAUGACUUUUGCUUUGAAAAAUCUUCAGUGACACCCUCGGUGAUCACCCUGUGUGCCAUUAUUGCAGGGUUUUUCAUACCGCUGCUCAUCUUGACUUACUGCUCCAUACAGGUCAUUGCAGAGCUCAGGAAAAAGAAGACUGACAACCCUUGCAAUGAAAUGCUGACCAGGAAAGCUGUCUACAUUGUGUCUGCAAACAUGACUGUGUUCAUCAUCUGCUUUUUACCUCUUUACCUCGGGCAUCUCCUCCGCUUCGUCCUGGACUCCGUCAGCUCCGACUGCUCGGCAAUACAGAGCAUCAACAACUUCGUUCACUUUGCCUCCAUCCUCGCCAACACAAACUGCUGCCUGGAUGCCAUUUGUUACUACUUUGUCAACAAGGAAUUUAAGGAAGCAUCUUCCAAGCUAGCAAAGUCCAAAUCUGAGUCCAGUGAAGAAGCUGCAAUUCAGCUCCCACAUGUAACACAUUAAGGCAGAACACAUACAGCACGCAUUUUAUAUUUGCUGUGUUCAACUGGGACUCACUGGCAGGGUUUCACACUUGCUUUUUUAAGAGUGGGACGGAGGGACAUUCUACUAAUGAGAAACAUUCAGAUACAUGAUUCAGCUCUGAAUCAGACAACCACAGCAGUCCAGGUCCUGAUCUAAUGAUCUAGAUUGCUGCUGACAAUUCUCUGCCUUAAUGCAAAUUUGCAUAAAAUGGUAGAUUUCCCCUGCCAAAAAUCCCCAUCCUUCAUUUUCCCACAAAACCCAAAAGAAGCACAGGGACUGGUAAAGGAUUGGGUUUUGUCUCCCAUCCCCACCUUGGAUCAGUGUUUGUGCAGCUGUGACAAAGAAAUAGUCUAUUCCAAAUGUUAACAAAUUUUUAAAAAAUCAGAGUGAAAGCAUGCAGAAAAAGAGAGGAUGGUGUUUCUGUAAGUCACAAUCUUACUGGAUUUUAGUUGCUAACAAUGUACAAUCCCAUAACAGGAAUAUUUAGCUUGCUUUAAAUAACUUUACAGCAAUGUAACAGCUACAAAAUGGUCAUCAUUACAACACAAGGUCAGAAGAAAUUGCAAUUGCUUGUAUUGCGGAAAAACUUGUGUGAGUCAAAAUGUUUGAGUCAAAUGGCAUUAAAAUUAAAUAAAAGAGUUGGUACAGGGCAGUGGGAACAAGGACUCUGUAUUAGGACUCUAUUCAAUCUUAUAAUGUAAAGGACUGUCUAAAGUGGUAGCAAAGCUGUUCCAAAGAAAUCAACCUAAAUAAAGUUGUGUCUCUAGCAUGAAAUUCAGUUUCUUAAUGAGUUAAAUGGAAAAGGAGGGAGAUGGGGUGGUAGAGGACCUGCUGUGCUGCCUGUGGAGGAGGGACAGCUCCCUGUUGUCCAAGCCAGGGGUAGUGGGUAUGAGCUCUAACUGGGACUGGGAUUUUUUAAGGCACAGCAGCGUCCCACCCUGUGGUAAUUUUACCACAAACACCUAAAAAAGUAGAUGAAACCACUCAGCAGCUUCAGACCACACACCCUGAGCUGGGCACACACCUCCACUCACACCUCCCAGCCCCAGGCUGGGCUGCUGGAUUUCUUUUAGUUUAGUGCAAAUUUGGUAUGAAACUUCCAAUGGGGUUUUUCUAGAAAGCAGAUGUAAGUGGCCCUUUUCCCAGUUGGUUUGGGAAAAUAUUUCUUUGGAGAAAAGUGGAAAAAACCUGUUUAUGUAACAAGGAAAGUGUCCAUAAGUAUAUAUAUUUUUAAAAAGUAAAUAUUACACAAUAAAAUUUCUCCUUGUUUUGAA